AUGGGUCUGAAAUUGGUGAAUGUCCUGGCAAUACUUGUGCUCUCAUUGUUAGCGUCUACAACUACAUCCCAAGCCGAUGUGUUUGAUGUGACUAGUUCAAUCUAUGGUGGAAAGCCCGGCUCUGAUAUUGCAGAGGGUUUGGCAAAGGCAUGGAGAGAUGCAUGUGCAUCAGAGUCGUCAAGUAAGGUUGUUGUUCCAAGCGGUGCGUACAAGUUGAAAGAAGCAACAUUCGAAGGUCCUUGCAAGGCUCCGAUUGAGGUUAAGAUCCAAGGAACACUGCAGGCUCCAAAAGACCGAAGUUCAGAUACUUGGGUUGCAUUUAGCUCCAUUGACAUGCUCACCUUAUGGGGUGGUGGAACUUUUGACGGCCAAGGAGCACAUGGUUCGAAAGACGGUGAUAUCAGAGAUAUCAGGUUCUCCUCCAUCACCAAUUCCAUAAUUAUGGACAUAACUUCACUAGAUAGUAAGAAAUACCACAUAAGUAUUUCCGAGUGCACCAAUAUUGUGUUCGACCGCCUUACCAUUACAUCGCCUACAAACGAUGCUAACACGGAUGGAAUUGACAUUGGGAGUUCAACAAGGAUCAAUGUCACUCACACAAAUAUUGCUACCGGAGACGAUUGUAUUGCCAUUGGCGAAGGCACCAACCAGCUCCUAGUGACCGACGUUACUUGCGGACCAGGCCACGGCAUAAGCAUAGGAAGUCUUGGAUAUAAGCCUGAUGAAAAGCCCGUGUUUGGAGUCACAAUAAUGAACUGCACCCUUGUUGGCACAACCAAUGGCGCGAGAAUAAAGACAUGGCCUGAUUCUCCUGGUGUAAGUACUGCCUCGGAUAUCCUCUUUGAGGAUAUUGUAAUGGUGAAUGUCGAGAAUCCUAUCAUCAUUGACCAAAACUACUGCUCGGGAGAUGAGGAUAGAUGCAAACAGAAUACUCCGUCGGAAGUUCAGAUCAGUAAUGUGAGGUUCAAGAACAUCAAAGGCUCGUCUGCAACUCCAAUUGCUGUAAACCUUGCAUGUAGUCCGAUCGUGCCAUGCCAGAAUGUGGAACUGGAAGAUAUUGAUCUUACAUACAAUGGCAACGAAGGCUCUCUUUCGUCUCAAUGUUUCAAUGUCAGGCCUAGAACCACUCGCGUCGGAAAAGCUCUUGCUUGUGCUAAUCUACCAGGCUUACGAUCGGGUGAUUCGCCGCUUCCACCACAGUUAUAUGAUUACCAUUCACCUAUGAUAUACACUGGCGGCCCAGACAAUAACAGUUGUUGGCGGCCAAGACCACCGGUCAUGGGGUAUCUACUAAUGUCGGGUCUGGGUGUGUGGCUGUUGCAAGAGUUGCUACAAGAAUACAGCAAACUAUAG